CUGAAAAAAACAACAGGUUUUGGAAAAUAAAUAACAUUUUGCUAUUAGCAAAUUCACAAAAUAACAUUGAUCAAUGAUACUUGAUUUGAGUUUUCAAAACUGUCUAUGCUAGUAUAGCUCAGGAACUGUAAUUAUAUACAGACAUACACUCUGAUGAAGGCGGAAGAUUCCGCCGAAACAUGUCAGUGAAGUCCUUUGCCAAGCUGGUAGCAACUUGGCCAACUGCAGACAAAGUCACCAUGCUGCUUCUAGCUGUACUUUACCUCCUUGUUACAAGAUGGACACAUGCACUACCUCUCUAUCCUGACUCCAACCUGGACACACAGUCAGAUUUUCUUCAGAAGCUUGUGUCAGACAAUGCCUCUUACAAUACAGAAGGGGAACAAAUGGAAUUGAAUAAUCUGUAUCCUUUAUUGAUGCAGCACAAUGAGCAAAGACAAUCCUGGAACAAAGUUGAAGGCCCAGAGGAUUCAACACUGCAGGAUAACUAUGCAGACAUGAUUGAAGGUCUUAGGGCAGUGGUUUUGAAGCUGGCCGCAUCCGACAAGCUUCGCUCUCAAGCUUUUGCGAGGUCAGCGCAAGGCUUGCCCAAAACCAAAAAAAGAGCAUGUUUCUGGAAGUACUGCGUGACCAAUUAAAUAUCAGCGAUGACACCACCACAAGACACCUUCCACAAGUGAAUGAAGAAAAUCUAUUUUUUAAAGUUAUAACAUUUUCUUUUCUGUGACUGAAUAAAG